ACCAGCACAGUCAUGGAAAUACCUAAUAGUCUGUGUUAUGUCGCAACUACACCCGAAGAAAAUGAUUGCCUUCUGGUACUCCGUUGCCUUCCUCGCAUGUGUUGACUUCGGUCACGUGAUAUUUGUGCCAAGGCGUUACAGCUGUCACUUGGGCAUCACGGGGGCCACGAUGUUGAUGCAGAUCCCGCUACUUCUAGCUUGCCUCUUCACUUGGGAAUGUGUUAGAAGCCAGAACGAUCAGAUUGCCUGGAAUGCAUUACAAAGGGACAAGGGUUUCUUCCUCAUGAAACGAUCUGUCUUUUACAAGGAUGAAAAUAAAUGUGUCUACCUGAUCAAGAGACGCAUAAUAAGCAAGAGACAAAAGAUUGAAGCGCAUUACGGUUUCUGGAACGGAGAUCACUACUCAGAAGAGCCCUGCGUCAUGCAAGCCCCUCCUGGGGGCAAUGGAACUGUUGUGUACGUUUCAUCACCCAUACUUGGCGGGGAAGUGCUUACCUUCGACGUCAAGUAUUUCCAUCAGAAGUCUGGAUGCUUGGUUUUGGUGGGAAUCGACAGGAAGGUUUCUGGACAGUGCAUGAUGUGGACGCCAGUAGAGUUCGCAAAUGAUACUUUGGCAGACUGCGAGCAGAACUACAAGAACCUGAACUGCACGACAGAAGAAGAGCCCUAUAAGGAUGGCAUGAAAGAAAAGGGCUGUUGCCCCUUACCAGUCGUUUAUGAUUCGUAACACUCUAAACCACUUUCGUUGUGCAUUUCGUGGUGAAUUGUUAUUAUUGCCUUCCAACCACCUUUCAAUAAACCACCAAUC